UGGUGGACCAGCGAUCACACCAGACAGCCCCACCGAGCGCUUGAACCGAGCGCCCGUGGAGCUUCCGCGUCGUCCCGGAGUUGAAGCUACACGGCGCACGAUGGAGCUGAAGCCGCCGGAACGAACGCCAGGGCGUUUGCCGGGAUGGCGGGGCUACGGAAUUUGGCGGUGGACUUGAUGGAGAGUUGGUUCUGUGCUGUGGGCAAGAUCCUCAAGGAGUUGGACCGUCAGCCCAUUGUGUGGGAUGACCACUUCCCUCAACGCCUCAUGGCAACACAGCUUUGUCCCAAUGCUUCCAAGGACUGGAUCGUUCAAGCUUGGAAAUUGGAGUACCCCGUGGGAGACACGGUCGCAGUGGCGGAUGACUUCCCCUUCCACACCAUUUCCUCGCCCAUGAAGAGCGUGUAUUUGGACUAUCCAGUCGCCUCCAUCGACUUCAACAAGAGCCUCCAAGUCUUGCCCUCCACUGGGCCACGGAUUCUAGGGGGCUGUGCCACGAUGUGGACCGAGGACUCAGAACCCAAGGACGUGUUUGCCAAAGUGUUCCCGCGAUUCAUGGCCAUCGCAGAGCGCUUUUGGGGAGGCGUCCCGGAUCGAGCCCGUGACUUGGACAUGUCUUUGUGGUUUGCGGCCCACACUCACUGCGAGCAGCGCCUGAAGACCGAUGCCCAGUGUGGACGCUUCACGGUGAAGGACACGCAGCGAAGCCCCCUCUUCGCGCACGCACGGAUCACCACCACCUUAGAAGCCUUUGGUGAAUACUUCCACGUGGGACGUGCCUUUGACGCUGAUGAGGAGACCUACUUUUGGGCCGUCAGCCCUCAGGCGGGCGACCUAAUUGAGGUGGUCUUCAUCAAUGAGGAGAACAAGCGCAAGCGGUGCCUGGGGAAGUGGUUGAAAGGCUUGGUGGUGAAGACUGGAUCCAAGGACAGGCCUUCGGACCGCUUGGAGCAGGGCUACUUGAAGGUGGCUCAGUGGGUGGCAGAAGAUGGACUGCUGAGCAGUGGCGGUUGGGGUCUGAAGUGGACGGUGGUUUGCAGCUUCCAGUCCGGCCUUUGCAACGGAGACGAGGAGAUCCUCACGCAUGGCCCGGUGGUCAUGAUGCGCAUCCAAGUGGCACAGAGCCAAACGAAGUGGAUGGCACUCUCCGAAGUCCAGGUGGAAGAAGCGAAGACCCACCCGGAGCAUCCCACGGAAGAAGAGAUCCAGGAGAAGCGAGGCCAUUCGAACGAGCGCAUCAAGCAAUUGGUGUCCAACGUCUUAGAGAAGUUCUCUUCGCUGGGAUCCACCAACAGCUCCGAUGCCGAUGCACCCACUUCCGCCGCCCCGCGCCAUGCGGCGCGCGGGAAGGGCGCGGCGCCCGCGCGUGCGGUCGGCCGCGGGGGGCUGCGGCACAGAGCCGAGCGGUGGCGGAACGCCACGCGCGAGGCGGCGGCCGCGUUCCGGAACUUGACCUCGCGCAACACCCGGAAUGCGUCUUUGCGAGAGCUCUAUGCUGAGGCCAAGCAGGCGCGCCGCGAGCGCCAGCGCCUGGUCGUCGCGCGCCACCGCGCGCGCCGGCGCACCGAGCCCAAGGGAGCCAAGGGCCGC